AUGCAAGAAAUAAUAACAAAUAAUAUACCAACAUUUAAAUUACAAAAUGAUGUUGAUAUGGUUGAAGAAACUCAACCAACCACACCAACUACCCAACCAACCACACCAACCACAAAUACUAUUUCCACUACCACUAAUACUAUCACAUCAACAUUAAAUACAAAUAAUAUUUCACCAAUUUUGGAAGAAAGUGAAGAAGAGGAUUCAAAUGAAUUAAUAAUUGAAACUGAUGAAAAUAAUACAUCUGUUUCUGCUACUGGUACCACUCCAACAUCAUCAUCAUCAUCAUCAUCAUCAUCACCAACAAACACAACUACCACCACCACCACAACAACAACAGCCACAACUGCCAAUAAUGAUUUUAAAAAUAUAACCAGUAAUAAUAUUAAUAAAACAAAUUCAAAUGUAAAUACAAAUUCUGAAAUUAAAAAUAUUGACAACUCAAUUAUGAAUAGUUUGAAUAGAUAUAAUAAUAUUACAACCGCUUCACCAAGUAAUAGUACAAUGAUUACAAUGAAAUCAGCAAUUUCCUCAUUGGACGAAAUUGUAAAAAAUACAAUGAAAGCUCAAAGAGAAAGUUUUAUUGCCAAUGAAGAUAAAGAGUCACUUCCAGAACCUCAAACAAAUUCCAAUGUUAAUGGAAACGAAGAAGCAAAAGACGAAAAGGAAAUUCAUUUAUUAGCUAAAAUCUUAUUAAAUUUUUCAUCCAAUGGAAUUGCUGUACCAAAUUUAUCAGAAAGUUCACCAGCAGUAUUGAAUACUAAAUUAAAGGAUAGCUCAAACUUGGUUCCAUACGGUGGAGAUUUAAAUACCAGUGUAAAUGGAGUUGUUGGUAAUUCCAGUGGUAUGGUCGACCUUAGUGCUAGUACUGGCGAUUUAUUAGGUUCGUUAAAUGCUGCCAAUAAAAAGAAAAGACAAAGAACUAGUCCAGAACAAUUGGCCAUUUUAGAACAAAUUUUUGAAACUGAUAAAAUGCCAAGCCAACAAAUUAGAGUAAGAUUAGCCAAUCAAUUGGGUAUGUCAUCUAGAAGAGUUCAAAUUUGGUUCCAAAAUAAACGUGCUAAAGUAAAGAGAGGUGGUCCAUUUGGAAAAGGUGAUGACAAUGAUGAUUUAUUCGCUGAGGGUGAAGAUAUAAUUGAUGAAGAUGAAGAUGAAGAUUCAUCUUUAACAAUUGAUGAAAGUGGUAAUAAUAAUAACAAUAGUGGCAACAACAACAACAACAAUAAUAAUGGAAUCAUGGGAGGCCAUGGUAUGUUAUCAUCAUCUCCAACCAAUUUAAACACAUCAUCUGAUAAUAUUGUACCAUCAAUUUCACCAAUGUUAACUUCAAUUAAUAUAAAUUCAUCAUCAUCAACACCAACUUUACAAUCUGUAAAUUUAUUAAAUAAUACUAAUAAUAAUAAUAAUAAUAAUAAUAAUAAUAAUAAUAAUAAUAAUAAUAAUAAUAAUAAUAAUAAUAAUCAUACUACUACCACAACUACAACUACUACUACAACUACAACUUCAUCAUCACCACCAUUAACUUCAUUUAAUUUCCAAUUAAAUCAAUCAUUAAAUAAAUUAACAUCACCACCAUCACCACCAUCAAUAGUACCAUCACCAAAUAAAAAAACCAAACAAAUGGGUGGCUUCAGUUUAAAUUCAACUGCUUCUUCUUUACCAUCAUUCCCACAAAUUAAAUUAAAUUCAAGUUCAAAACAUAUUCCAACUGAUAAACAAAAUAAUUCAGAUUUUUCAAAUUUUAAUAAUAAUAAUAAUAAUAACAAUAAUAAUAACAAUAAUAAUAAUAACAAUAAUAAUAUUAAUAAUAAUGGUAAUAAUAAUAGUAAUAAUAACGAUAGUAAUAAUAAUAAUAACAAAUCCAAUUUUUCCGAUUAUCAACCUUUAAAAUUUCAUAAUAGUAUUGUAAAAAAUUAA